UAAAACUUGGCCUGAGCGCCAUGAGCAAAUGGGUCAAGGAACUACAGAAUGCAUUGCAUACUACUGACAUCAACAUGAAGUUAAUCGAGUCAGUUAACCUAUCUGAUGGGUUGGUCCCAGUUUAUCCUGAAAUAAGUUCUCCAUCCUGUUCGCGUGACAGCUGCCGAGAGGAUACCAUACCAAUAAUAUUAGCGACUAGAUGGACACGAGAUCUGUUCCUCAAGGUUCAACGUUGUUCGUCCACAAUAAUAAUGUCCACGCCCUUGCGGCCUUUUAAGGCUUUCAGUCAAAGCGCCCUUCGGAGCACUGACACGUGACUGAUAAUUUUCAGCCACGUGCUGAUAACGCCAAACGGGCUUAGCGCGUAAUUCCCUGUCCCUCCUCUUGGCGAAAAAAAAACCAGCUUUGCCGGUGACGAACUCGUCCAGCGUCAACGCCGCUCUCCAACCGCUGCUUCUAAAGGGCCUGUGUGCCUUCUUCUACGCUCUGGACAACAGGAGGGUUUCGAUACUCAGUCCGACCGACUUCCUUCCACGCGUUCCGAUCGCCCCUCACUCUUCGUCAGGAUGGACACAGCCCCCAACGAAGACACAUAUCUGGCCAUUCCUGGCUCAGUGGCAUUCUCGAAAUCUCGAGGCCGUGCAGUUGCUGCUAGUAUCGGCGUCCAGGAUGUCCGGGCUCAGUGGAUCCACUACGUCCACACCUCGAAACCACUGGAUGAACCCCAACGUGCCGUUUUAGAGCAACUUCUCCAUUAUGGUGAUAUCACCGAUGUUCUGCCAUCUUUCAGCGAUGCAGAUGGCUCUUCCGUUACCUACUACGUUUAUCCCAGGACUGGAACCAUCUCUCCAUGGAGCUCGCAGGCUACUGGCAUCUCCCAUGUCUGUGGCUUGAAGAAAUGCGUCAAGCGUAUUGAGAGAGGGAUGAAGGUCUCCUAUCUACUCUCUGGGUCGGAGGGACCGAGACCUGGAUUUCUAGAUGUACUUCAUGACCGCAUGACCCAGAUCAUCAGCAAGGAUGAACCUGAUCUUGAAUUAAUGUUUUCUGAACAUGCCCCCGAGCCUCUCGAGAUAGUCCGUCUUCACGGAACCGGUAAGACUCCCUUGGAAGUUCUGCAGGAAGCAAAUAAACGUAUGGGUUUGGCACUGGACCAGCCCGAGAUCGAAUACCUGGCAGAGGCAUAUGGACCGAAUGGCCCUCUUGCGCGGGAUCCCACUGAUGUUGAGCUCUUCAUGUUCGCACAGGUGAACUCGGAGCACUGCCGUCAUAAGCUGUUUAACGCAUCCUGGGUGAUAGAUGGCAAGCAAAUGCCGUACAGCCUCUUCUCUAUGAUCCGCAACACACACAGGAGGAAUCCACAGUUCACUGUGAGUGCCUAUAGUGAUAAUGCUGCUGUCCUUCAGGGAGGAGAAGCUGCUUUUUGGGCCCCUAACCAAAUCACUGGAGAAUGGAAUCAUAUCAAGGAGGUUGUCCAUUUUCUUGCCAAGGUCGAGACUCACAAUCAUCCAACCGCUGUCUCCCCAUAUCCAGGUGCGGCAACUGGCUCUGGAGGAGAAAUCCGUGAUGAAGGAUCGGUGGGGCGCGGUUCAAAGCCAAAGGCAGGUCUUGCGGGAUACUGUGUCUCGGACCUUUUGAUUCCUGGCUUGAAACAGCCAUGGGAGCUCGAUGUUGGCAAACCGAACCACAUUGCAUCCAGUUUGGAUAUUAUGCUAGAGGCGCCUAUCGGUAGUGCAGCAUAUAACAACGAAUUCGGACGGCCAUGCACGCUGGGAUAUUUCCGCACAUUGCUCACCGAAAUUGAGACCCCUGAUGGUCAGAUGGAGCUAAGGGGCUACCACAAGCCAAUUAUGAUCGCUGGUGGUGUAGGAACCGUCAGGCCUCAACAUGCAAUCAAAAACCCAGAGGCUGUCAUGCCUGGCUCAUACAUCGUCGUUCUUGGUGGACCUGCCAUGUUGAUUGGCUUGGGCGGAGGCGCGGCAUCUAGUAUCACCUCUGGUGAAGGAUCUGCCGACUUGGACUUUGCCAGUGUGCAGAGAGGAAACGCCGAAGUUCAGCGGAGAGCGCAGGAAGUGAUUAACUCCUGCGUUGCCAUGGGAGCUGACAACCCUAUCAAAUUCAUUCAUGAUGUCGGUGCGGGUGGGUUGUCCAAUGCUCUUCCGGAGUUGAUUCAUGAUGCGGACCUGGGCUCCACCUUCCACCUCCGUGAGAUCGAUAGUGCCGACAAGAGCAUGAGCCCGAUGCAAAUCUGGUGCUGCGAGGCGCAGGAGAGAUACGUCUUGGCAAUUUCUGAAGAAGGCAUGAACAAGUUUACUGCCAUUGCUCGGCGUGAGCGCUGCGGUUACUCCGUCGCCGGUCGCGGAUCGGAUGAUCAGGAAAAGCGACUCAUCCUGCUUGAUAGGGAUUCUAAGGAAUACCCUAAGCCAAUUGACUUGCCACUGUCUGUUCUCUUUGGGAAGCCUCCGAAGAUGACGAAGACCGUGAGCUCCCGGAAAUUAGAGUUCCCCCGUGUGGAUGCCAGCCUUACGAUGUACCUGCCUAGUAUUUCUGCGCCUGCAGAAGUUCUCGGCGAAGCGAUUAAUCGCGUUCUCUCUUUGCCUGCAGUCGGUUCCAAGUCAUUCCUGAUUACGAUUGGUGACCGGACGGUUGGUGGUCUGACCGCCCGCGACCAGAUGGUUGGUAGAUGGCAAACCCCGGUCUCUGAUGUGUCGGUCACUGCUACAGCGUUACUCGCUGGUCUGAGAACUGGUGAGGCAAUGGCCAUGGGUGAACGACCAACAUUGGCACUGAUUUCCCCAGCUGCCUCAGCACGGAUGGCAGUUGCUGAGUCUCUAAUGAAUAUUGCUGCUGCCGACUUGGUUGACCGUCUCAGCCACAUCAAGUUGUCAGCAAACUGGAUGUGUGCCAGUAGUCAUCCUGGUGAAGGGGCUGCCAUCUAUGAGGCUGUAGAAGCCAUUGGACUGGAUCUCUGUCCCAAGCUUGGUAUCAGCAUUCCCGUUGGAAAGGAUUCCAUGUCCAUGAAGAUGAAAUGGAUGGAUGAGGAAUCCAAGCAAGCGAAGGAAGUAACGGCUCCCAUGUCCCUUGUCAUUUCGGCUUUUGCACCUGUCCAGGACUACCGGAAAACUUGGACACCUGCACUCCGCCACGUUGAAGAUGUCGGUGAAACAGUGCUCAUGUUUGUUGAUCUUUCAUUUGGCCGCAAGACUCUGGGCGGUUCUGCUCUCGCCCAGGUUUUCAAGCAAGUGGGAGAUGAGUGCCCUGAUGUGCGCGAUGUCGAGAUAUUUAGGGAUUUCUUCGACGCUGCUCAACAGCUACAGGAAUCUGGCAUCGUUUUGGCCUAUCAUGAUCGUUCCGAUGGUGGUUUGUUCACAACGCUUGCGGAAAUGAUGUUUGCCGGACGAUGUGGUCUUGAGAUUAUGCUCGACAACAUCUGCCCUAGCUUUGACCAGCGAGAUGUCAUCGAGACUCUGUUUACCGAGGAGCUUGGUGCCGUGUUCCAGGUCCGCAAGAAGGAUGAGACCUACUUCCGGUCCUGCUUCGCCACUUGUGGUCCCCCUCCCGGCCUGAUCAAGAAGAUUGGACGUGUGUCUGAGAUAAAGAAACAAAACAUGACUAUUUACCAUGGUGCAAGCUUGGUGUAUCGCAAUUCCCGAACUAACCUUCAACAGACCUGGUCAUCAACCUCGUACCAUAUGCAGAGGAUCCGUGACAAUGCUGCAUGCGCCGAUCAGGAGUUUGUCAAUAUCCUUGACGAUGCUGACCCGGGUCUGUCAUGGAAUCUCACGUUCAACCCCAAGGAGAAGGGCUUGCCUAUCUUGACCAGUCUCACGCAGAUGUCUCCUUUCAGCAACAAGCCCCGCGUGGCCAUUCUCCGUGAACAGGGUGUCAACAGCCAAGCGGAGAUGGCUUUCGCAUUCAGCAAUGCUGGGUUCUCUGCCAUCGAUGUGCAUAUGACAGAUCUCAUCACAGGCAAUGUUUCUCUCUCGACAUUCGUCGGUCUUGCAGCAUGCGGUGGUUUCUCAUAUGGUGACGUCCUUGGUGCCGGACAGGGCUGGGCCAAAUCUGUUCUUUUGCACGAGAACCUCCGCGAGGAAUUCAAGACAUUCUUUGAGCGCCCGGACACAUUUGCGCUGGGAGUCUGCAACGGAUGCCAGUUCCUUUCCCGUCUUAAGGACCUUAUCCCGGGAGCGCAAGACUGGCCCAGCUUCGAGCGAAACGCUAGCGAACAGUACGAAGGCCGUGUGUGCAUGGUCCGCAUUAGCGAUCCGGAUCCUUCUCGUCCUAGUGUUUUCCUCCACGGCAUGGACGGCACCUCAAUGCCUAUUGCCGUCGCCCACGGUGAGGGGCGUGCGUCUUUCUCUCCGUCAUCAAGCGUCACGGCACAUACGUUCGUGACGGAAGGGCUCGCACCGAUCAAGUAUGUUGAUAAUGCCACCCUGAGGCCGACGAUGAAGUACCCCUUCAACCCGAACGGCAGCCCGGAGGGUAUUGCUGGUGUCCGCACCCCUGAUGGCCGUGUUCUAGCUCUUAUGCCGCAUCCGGAGCGGACGGUGCUGGGAGGCAUCGGUAGCUAUUUACCGGAUGAAGCAGAGAAAUGGGGCGACAUUGGGCCAUGGGGACGUGUGUUCUACAGCGCGAGAAGAUGGGUUGGUUAAGUUGAAUUGAUGCGGGAGUCUAGGCUUAAUGGUUUCUAAAACUCCUAUUUAUUUUGUGUACUGGGAUUUAUAUGUAUGCGCAUUGAGAUUUGGGUAUAAUUUUAAGUCAAUGACAAAGUUCCAUGUUCUACUUUCCCUUCACCUUCUGAGCCAGUCGAUAUGUACACUCGCCUUGUCCUACGAAUCAACACGACGAAUUUG